GAUUGAUUUUAAAGUGUUUAAUGAUGUAUGCUACAAACUGUAACCCUUUUUGAUCUUUCACGCAAUUAAUUUCCUUCCACAGCAACAAUCAAGUCAACAAUUAGCGCACAACUGGUUUACAUUCUGAGAUAUUCCUAUGUCCCAUGUUGACGUUUACAAACCACUAGACUGCAGUGCGACCAUGUAAAUUCCAGUAUUUCCAUACCACUGGAAUGCAUCUGGCCGCAGACCUGUCACAUCCACGUUACCAUGGAACAUUACCUUCCGGCAUGCUCAGCACCGUAAAAACAUAAAAUAAACCGCACCAAUGGAAAAGAGAAGCCGCGAACUUGGUUUACCCAUCUAGACGGGUCAUGUUCUUACACUCCUUUAAAAAUCAGCACAAAACAGAGCAGGCUUCUACUUACUACACACCCCUUAGACCCUCCACCACCACCACUGAAAAAAAAAACUUUUGCAAAAUCAAGAAACACAAUUUUCGGCUCAGCUCCGUGGCGCGAGACACAAAAUAACGUUAGAGUGGUGGCAAGUUCUACAUCUUACAACUGCUCGAGACGGAGUCUAAGCCAAAUCAGAGCCUUUAAGAAGACUAUGGAAGGCUUCUUGCUGCCGCAGGGUGUGAUGGUAUUAACAACGAGGGGUGGGACCGCAGGUGGUGUCAACAUGCCGAACUACGCAGUAGGAUGUGUUAGUUGUUCCAUGAAGGCGGAGCUGUUAAGAGCCUAGCUUGCACUAGGCAGCUGCUCGGUGCCCUGUAGUUCAUGGGAUGGGAUCGCUCGUUUUCAAAGGAAAAGAGUGAACUUUUUUAGCCAAGGUAUUUCCAGGGUGAAGGUGGAUAGGAGGGAUCUUAACUGCUGGGAUCUAAGCUUGAAACGCCGAAAGGCUUUAUGCAACAUCUUGAGCUCUGACUGCAUAUGUACCCAGACGGAUGAAGUCCUUUAUGAAGAUGUUGCACCCGUCUAUGUGAAAACUGUGAGAGAAUAGUUUUGUUUGGAUUAUGUUAUGGCCUGUGACACUGCUCUGGCACAUCUGUGAUAAGUGUUCUUCAUUUCUGCUUACUUUAAAAGUGAACACUUGGAACACAUGACUGCUGAAAAGAACUUCCUGGAAGCUUUGGAAAGGAAAUCAUGAAGACAUCCAGAUAAUUAACUCUCUGUACAACGAUAAUUCUAAGAAGUAAUUUCUGGUGCAGCAAAUUCUACCCUCCCACCUACAAACAGGUAACUGUCAGAACAAAGUUCAUACGUUAAGGUAUCCUGUCACUUUUAAGUAACUCAAGGAUUACACAUUCAGGUGUCGCAGCAAAAAGACUGGCUAAGUACGAUUGUCAAAAUCUGGUUGUAUUUUCAAAAUAUAUCUUCAGUACAAGCCAAGAAUUCUGUCUUCUGCUACAUUUUCUUCAAGUCUUCAGACUUGUUCUGAACUGUGAUGUUUUUUGGGAAUAUUGACAGGCCUUUAAGGCCUUUCUUGUUUACUGAACAUGGAUACUUACUCAUCGCUUGUAGUUAUCUACACAACAAUUUCCUGAGGGUUGAAACAUAAUGCCACUAAAUACAAUGCAGACAUAUGUCCUAAGUGUUAUUUAACAGUUCAAAAUGCUGUAACUUAACACAGCUUUCCUUCAAGGCUCACAGGAAUUGCCACUGCCUAAACUUUAUAACACUCAUCUGUGGAUUCAUCUGAAAGUAUUUUAAACUGCAUUUACCAUUUAAGAAUUUUCUUCUGCAAUGCUCUAAUUUGUAGUCAGCUACUGUGAUUCAUUUUGCACAAGGACUUUUAUUUAUGUUUAAAUGUGUUGUGCAUCAAACAUUACAAGAUUUUUGCACCAUGGCAGCAACCUACAAGCUUGUGGUUAGCACAGUUAACUGUUACAACAGUGUUGUAAUUGACCGCCGCUUUCAGCAUACUGUACAUUAUUGUAAUGGACCUUGUCAAGCUUUCAGGCAUGGAGUCGAAUGCUUAGCAGCUCAUCACAGUACCUGUUCACAAAUUUUUGUCCCCCCUGGGUUAUUUACAGCAGCACGCAGUACCACAGGAGCCCAUGAAACUGCUCCAAGGAUUUCUUCUGUUGAUACUUACGCUGUUGUAUCUGGUAUGGCCAAUGACGAUUAUCAUCAGAGUGUUCCAGGGCUUCAGAGGAGUAAAAAAGGCUCUACAUUGCAAAACUCCUCUAGUCUGAAAGAUAUUACAGGUGAAGCUAUAAACCUUGCCAGUGGAAAAAUAAAAGAAUUCUCUUUUGAAAAAGUAAAGUAUACUUCAAACCAUGUGACUUUGAGGAAAGGAAGAAAAGUCAGACCUGAGUCCUUCAACAGAAGGUCGGCAGAUCUUGAGUCAAUUUAUGGCUACUUUGGCAAUGAUGAGAACUGCCCACCUAAUGAUGAGAACUGCCCACCUUUAAGUCUGUUACAUAAAUCGGUUACAGAAGAGAAGAGUUUGAGUCGCAGCAGCUCUCUUGAACAAAAUAUCAAUGCACUGGCAGCAGUCUCCCUACAAGGCUUUUCAGAGGAAAACCUUAUAGCUAAGAUUUUAGAAAAGCAUACAGCAGACAUUUCCACUUCUGGAGAGGAUAUAAAAGUCUGUUUAGAUAUACUUCUUAAAUGUUCAGAGGACCUAAAAAAAUGUACAGACAUUAUUAAACAGUGCAUUAAGAAAAAAUCUGUCGAUGGCAAAGAUGACAGCAGCAUCAGUCCUGAUGUAAUUUAUAGGAAUGUCAUGGCACGACUAUCACUUUAUUUAAAAAAGCUACCAUUUGAAUUUAGCCAAGCUGGUCACGCUGAUCAAAAAGACUUUUCAGAACUGGUAGAAAGUUUGCAUCGUGUAAUGCAGACUCCAUUUUCUCCAAUAUUUGGUAGUGAUCAACCGCCCAGGUAUGAAGAUAUAAUACAAUCUCCCCCUUCUCUUACCAACCUACCUCCUACUCCUUCACCAUUAGAAUCUGAGAUCUCCAGCAGUAGUGUGAAACAAGCCACCUCUAAUUCACAUUCUAAUGCUAAAUUAGUAAGUAUUAGCCAGCAAAGUGCUCACCAACAAAAGAGUGUACAUUCUGUAAAUAACUCCCAAAGCCUACCUCAGUUACAACCAUUAAAUCAGUCAGGUAGCUAUUCUUCUGCUGACUCUCUACUCACGAAAAGCAGUGAUGGGAUGUCUAAAGAAUCCAUGGAGUCCCUCUUCAUAGAGGAAGACUCUGACGUGAACAAACUCUUGGAUAAGGAGCAUAAAGGGGAUGGCAUGUUUAGCACUGGAUUUUCUGAACUCACUGGUCAAUCUAGAAGACAGGAUGCUUCCAAAGAGAUCAAAAAAGAACAUGGUAGUGCAGGCAGCAACAUUUCAGAAAAUGUUGUUACUAGUGCAUCUCCUCUCAACAGAAUUUCUAGUCCGCAGACAUCAUCUGUUGCUGGUAAAGGUUAUUCCCUUACAGCUGAAGACCCUGAAACAGAUAUGAUAAGAAAGAGAGAAAGUACCAAGAGUAAGGACCAUGAAGAUAUAGACCGACUGCUUCUGGAUCUGGAAUCCUUUUCCAAGAAUAUUGAGAGCAGGUUAAGUGAGCCAUUCCCAAAAGAUAAUACAACUCAGCAAAAGGAUUUCACUCAACAGAUAGGGCCACAGUCACAUUUCCCUCAUCCAUCUGUUGACCAUGUUCCUCCAUCUACUCAGUCAAGAGAUCUAGAUACAACUGGAAAUAAAAGUGAGGAAGAUGACAAAAUCCUUUUACUACGAAUACUGGAGAGCAUUGAAAGUUUUGCUCAAGAACUUGUUGAUAGUGGAACUGGUAAAGGAGCAAUAUCAAAAGAGAAAGAAAUAAUGCAAAUUCUUCAGGAUACCAUAAAAACCGCUUCCCAGACAUAUUCAGCACCUGAGAGAAUCACGGAUAAAGACUCUGCUCCAUCGCUUUCUAUUCAGCAGACUCCAGAAGUGAUAAAGGUACAAAACAAACAAGAAAAGAAGCCAGGGACUCCACCUCCAGCUCCAGUGCCUUCUGCAGUCAGCCCUCGUCCACUGUCGCCUCCAACACCUCUCAAUAAAGUUAUUGUCAGUGCCCCCAUAUCCAUAAACAUUCCACGUUUCUAUUAUCCCAAAGGACUACCAAACUGUAAUGCAAACAUUGAGGAGACCAUUGCUAAAAUCGAAUCAGUAUUCUCAGAAAUUGAGGAUAAGAAGGCAGACAUAUAUGAAAUGGGAAAAGUUGCAAAGGCAUGCGGUUGCCCUCUCUACUGGAAGGCCCCCAUGUUCAAUGCAGCUGGGGGUGAACGGACGGGAUAUGUAUCUGUACAUGCAUUUAUAGCAACAUGGAGAAAUUUAUUACAGAACUACCAUGAUGAUGCAUCAAAGUUUGUGCACCUUCUUGCCAAACCAGGCUGUCAUCAUUUAGAGCCAGAAGAUUUUAUCCCAUUACUCCAGGACGUGGUUGACACUCAUCCUGGCUUGACGUUUUUAAAGGAUGCCCCAGAAUUCCAUUCACGGUACAUUACCACGGUUGGUAUUCACAGAAAGUGUAUUUGCCGUUUUAUUGGUAGCAUUAAAGGAGAGAUUCCAUUCUGUAAUGUGACUGGAAUUAUGUCAGUUCAUGGUGUUUCAUGUAAAGAGCACAUUGAUUUAAAUGAAAGCUUUAAAUCAAGCACUUUUCUUCCUGAAGGCCUGUUUAACAUUAAAUGUUUUGUGAUCAUAGACUCGACUCCCGUUCAUUUUUUUAUGCUACCAAAUGCAAAACUAUGUACUCUGGGCACAAAAACGUGGGAUGUAGCUUUAAAAUAG